CCUACUCUGAUAAGAUUAAAAAUUGAACUUGAAAGAUGUCAUUACACUGACACAUGUCAUACGCUCUUUUCUCUGCGGAAAUCCCUGUGGCAUCUUCUCACGUUUGUCGUAACUCAUUCAAAACGUAAAGAUGUCGGGAGGAAUAGAGGCCUUAAGCCUCAAAGAAGAUGAUGUUACCAAGAUGUUGGCUGCUGGAACUCACCUUGGAACAACAAAUGUUGAUUUUCAAAUGGAACAAUACGUUUACAAGAGACGUCCUGAUGGUAUUUACAUUGUAAACCUUCGUAAAACUUGGGAAAAACUUCUAUUAGCAGCUCGUGCUAUUGUAGCUAUUGAACAUCCAGGUGAAGUAUUCGUUAUUUCAUCUAGACCAUAUGGACAGAGAGCUGUUCUCAAGUUUGCAGCACACACUGGUGCAACUCCAAUUGCAGGAAGAUUUACUCCUGGUGCUUUUACUAAUCAGAUCCAAGCCGCCUUCAGAGAACCCCGUCUUUUGAUUGUUACUGACCCUUCUUUUGAUCACCAACCUAUUACAGAAGCAUCUUACGUCAACAUUCCUGUUAUCGCCUUAUGUAAUACUGAUUCUCCUCUGAGAUUUGUGGAUAUUUCCAUCCCUGGAAAUAAUAAAUCGCCACACAGCAUUGGGUUACUCUGGUGGCUCCUUGCAAGAGAAGUUUUGCGUCUAAGAGGAAUCAUCCCCCGAGACACUAAAUGGGAUGUAGUAGUUGAUCUCUUCUUUUACCGUGAACCUGAAGAAGCUGAAAAAGAGGAACAAGCAGCAAAAGAAGCGGUUGCUGCUGUUGUUAAACCUGCGGAAAUUCCUCCUCCACUUGAAGGCCAGGACACAGACUGGAAUACUGUUGAGACUACCGAUUGGGCAGCUGAUGUUGCUCCAGUCGUUCCAGUACCUGCCCCCGCAUUUAAUGUUGCAGGACCUACAGAUGACUGGGCUGCAGAGGUUGCUCAAGAACAAUGGUCGGCUCAGCCACAACCACCAGCACCUGCACCAAACUGGGGAGGUUCCAGCGAUUGGCAUUAAACAUGUUUUUAAGUUUACAUGAGUGGUUCGAUUGUACCAAUUAAACAUCUUAUAAAAUUUUGACUUUUUUGUUUUGUUCUACUCCCAGGUUUCUCAAAGUUCAGCACUUAUUUGAUGACAGUAUAAAUUUAUCAUUAAUAAUCUGAAUUUAUUUAAACAAAAACAGGAAAAGGGUAUAAUCCAUAAAGGAAAAAGUAAAACAAAAAAGGUACUUUACUUUCUCUUCUACAAAAACAAAUAUUAAAAUACAAACUAAAAAU